GAUGUGAGCCGGCAGAAACGUUGGGCGGAUCCACCAGCUUUGACGUGAGUUCCUCGGCUGCGGGAGGGUCAGAAAUAAAAAGAGCAGAGGCUUAAUACCAGAGAACUGAGUCAUCCACCUCGGGAGACGUACGGCAAGCAACUCGCGAACUGUCGGCGGAGUUAGAGAGAAAGGGGGGGGGGGGCGGUACAACGCAAAUCAUUAGUCAUUGCCAACCUGAUCUAACACGCGAAAGGCAAGAAGUGCAGAGCAAAGACAAAGACCACGAUUUUAAAAAAAAGUUAUUAAAGUUUCAAUCUAGAAAGUUUGGGUGGGUGGGUGGGGGCGAAUACGGGAAAUUUAUGGAUUGUUGGCGUCCCUUCAAUCUGUAAGAAAAAGAACAAGCGGGGAGCUUAGAGAGUGGGAUGUGUCUGAGAAGCACACACCUUGGAAGUGCUUGUCAGAAGUGAGUUUUAUUUCAGAACCUGGAGUUUCUUUAAGCAGGAGAUUCAUUUGCCAACAAAUAAACAGACACAGGGAUUAAUUCUACCCAGGAGGAAUACGGCCGGUUUAUUAAAAAGCCAAACACACCACUGAUUGAUUGGUGCGGGGGAUGAUGUACCAGGAAUAUCCCGGGAAAUACGACACGUCCUCCCGCAGCAGCACGUCCCCGGGAAACGCGGACAUCGUGUUCGGUACCAGCGGCUCGAUCGGCGGCUCUCAGAAGUAUCGUGCAGACAUGCCAGGAUCCAGUAGUGCCUUCGUCCCAACUAUCACCGCCAUCACCACCAGCCAGGACCUGCAGUGGAUGGUUCAGCCCACUGUCAUAACCUCCAUGUCCAGCCCCUACCCUAGGUCAUAUCCUUACAAUCUACCAGGGACAAGCAUCUCCUCGCCAUCCUCCACCACCUUACACCGACCCGGUGUUAUCAAAACCAUUGGAGAGACAGGAGGACGGAGGAAAAGGGAUGAACAGCUAACUCCAGAGGAAGAAGAGAAGAGGAGAAUACGGCGAGAGAGAAACAAGCUGGCAGCAGCGAAAUGCCGGAACAGGCGCCGAGAGCUAACAGAGAGGCUUCAAGGCGAGACAGAGAAACUCGAGGAGGAGAAGUCGGGGCUGCAGAAGGAAAUCGCCGGGCUGCAGAAGGAGAAGGAGAAGCUGGAAUUCAUGCUGGUCGCUCACAAGCCCAUAUGCAAAAUGGCUCUGGGGGCUGAGGGGCGGAGGCAGUCGGCGUCACCUGAGCCACGGGCGGGCCGGACGGCAAACGCGGUGGUGGUCAAGCAGGAGCCUGAGGAGGAGGCCAAUCUAGGCAGGUCAGGCCUAAACAAGACACAGAGGUCCGUCAUCAAGCCGGUGACCGAGAUCAGCAUCGCUAACAGCUUCUUCACUGAGGCUGAACCUCUCAACACUCCUGUGGUGGCCACCUCGACCCCUGCCCCCAGCGUCACCCCCUGCGCCCCCAGCUUGGUCUUCACCUACCCCAACGUACCUAGUCUGGAACAGGAGUCACCCUCAGAGUCCUGCUCGAAGGCCCACCGCAGGAGCAGCAGUAGCGGAGACCAGUCCUCGGACUCCUUGAACUCCCCCACCUUGCUGGCCCUCUGAAUGCCCUACCGACCGCAUCAGCCAAGCCCCCAUGUGCAGGGGAGGAGGCGGCCUCUCUUGUGGAACUGGACUUCCCACCGAGUGGAGCCCGCAGGAUUGCAAUCUAAACACUUCAGACGCAUGGGACGGGGAAGGGUCAGGGGUGGGGAAGGGGGUAGAAGAAAUUCAAGUAACUGGUGAAUCCUUACAAUGGGCAGCAUUUUUGUAAUUGCCAAUCACAGAAAGAGAAACUAAGGGAUCUGUGACUACAGUGGUUGUUACUCUCAAUGGAAAAGCGCCAUGUGCUCAACAGUGGACAGUUUCAAAGGCUGCCAACCCCUUGCGUUUUGAACUCAAUUUUAAAUCAUUUUGGUUUCCUGUUUUUUUUUCUAUUGUCUUCAAAUAUUUACUCUACAGGGACGUCCUGGUGACCCGCGUGAUGUAUAAUUGUCUUUUUUGGACCAUCAAGUGAUCUUAGUUUAAAGGUUGUGCUAACUCCAUCUCUGCAAUCCUUUCGUUUCCAAAGAGGUGUAGACUGGGAAUCUCUCUAACCUGAUAUUGGUGUAAUAUAGAGAACAGAAUUACUUUGUGAUGCUUGUGAUAAUAUGUUGGUAGUACAAUGAGCAUUUCUGCAAUACUAGAAUGGUUGUCAGAUUUCAGCAUUUAAUAGGGCAAAGGGACUUGUAUCACAAUGUAGGCCGCUUUUGUCGGACCAGUCCGUCAUAUAACAAAUACCCUUUGUCGUUAGCCUUCUGACCUUAAUUUUAGAGUUUAUAACUUUUAUUUUACAAGAAUUUUAAAUAAUAAUUAAAAUAUAUUGCAGAUUGGGGGAAAAGUCAGUUGGACUGGAUGUGGGAUGGAAUAGUUUUUCAGCAGAGUCACAGAGGCAAUAAAAAAAAAAUCCCUUCCACACAUUAAUGGGUCAAAUUGAUGAGAUCGCAGGACAUGUGAGACUUGUUUCUGAAAUGGAUGCAUUGUAAGGCUUUUCUUGUCUGUUUGAUCAGAAUGGAUAAGCUCGCAAGCCAUUGCACUGUAGGAAGUAAGAAGAGUAAACUUUGGCUUGUUUCUUGGGCACCUACUGAAUUUAGCUCAGAAUCCGUUCUCACUGCCUGGAUUUGGUAGGCAGGUGACAGAUCCCAUUUCCUAGUCUGACAUUCGAUUAUUUUUCUUCCAGUAGUUAGGUUGAACUAGAAAGCCCAUGGUAUUUCUCUCCUGCUCCCUAACAUGAGGACAAAGCAGAUACAAGAGAAGGUCAGGUCAUUUUUACAAAGGUACAGAGUUUCUGCUUGUGAGAGUGUGUGGUGGAAAACAAGGCUGAAUUUUUCUUUUGCAAUGGGUGGGUGACUGAGGGCAGAGGCUGGGGAACCUUGGGUUCUUUUUCCCAGUAGAGUCUUCACCAGCCUGCAGGUAUCUGGCAGUCACCCACAAGAAUCAGAGCAGGUACUUUCAAUCUCUUUUGUAAUUAUAUUUAUAGCUUCCUUAAUUAAAAUAACAUGGAUAAAUGUUUUAUUGUUAGAGCAGGUCUCCAAUGAAUUGAUAAUUUUGAUUUUUUUUGAAAAGGCACAACACUGAUUUUAGAUUUGUGCUCCUAUGGCUCCAGAUGUGGCUUCUUCAGUGUUUUGUUCAACCACAAUUUAUCAUCCUAAUUUCAAUGAUCAGCAACCCAGGACCUUUCUUCACCACCCUAUUUACCCGUGUCUCUGCUUUCAGGGAACCACGUAGCUAAACUUCAAGACGGCUCUCUUCUACAGCAUUCUCCCAGAGCCUGUGUUGUGUUUCUCUUCACAACCUUGUGCACAAGGAGCCAUGUUCUGACACAAUUCCACAAUGAGAAUACAAGAACAGGAAAUAAAUCUGUUCACCUUUAAUUAGGUGUCCUUUCACUAGGAAGGUUUCUACAUUAAGCUAGCCUUUAUGCUGUGAUGUGUUGUUGGGAAGUCAGGACAAUGAGCCAGAGCCAGCUUUAAAGUUUACUGCCAACAUUGGCAUGAGCAGAGGGGAAAGGGUCCCAAGAGAUUAGUCACUGGGCAACUUAAGGCUUGCAGAGACAGUAAAAAGGUAAAGCCUUGUUUGUCCUGUGAGAAAGGAUUAGCUUAUAGGUGGUGCAAUAGGUCUUUUCAGCAUAAAUGAUUUGGCAAAAAGAAGGAGGAAGUGAUCUGUUAGGGCGGUGGUGGGUGGUACGUUGGGGGUAGGAUUUGCAACUUAGAAGAAAUAGCAGGAGGAGUAUGCAGGAGCCAGGGCCACAAUGACAUUGCUUGGAAGAAAAUGGAGAAGGAAAUGAGAAAGGGAGGUUGAACUCUCAGAUCUUGUUGUGCAUCUGGAGCACAGGCUUUGGCAGAGCUAACAUCUGUUUGAAACUGAGUCAUUUGAAAAUCUCUUGGAGGAAGUUUCUCAAGGUGGCCCGUUGAAUUUGCCCUCUGGGCACCUGAAGCCUGUUGGAGGCUGCCUGUCCGAACUAAUCUGACUGGAGCAGUGGUUGGGGCAAUACAGUGCCUUUGCAUUGUAUGAGAACAGGCUUCGCAAUUUUAUCUCCUGCUUGUUGACUUUUGAGGGUAUACGCAAGGCUCCUCCUUGAUUGCAUAUGUAGAGUAGGGUUUUCUCAGACAAGUGAAGAAAGAGAUGUAUAUUAAUGGCUUCUGAGAUGGACAGUACUCUAUCUUUUUAGCACCAAUUUGCCGAAGGAACUCACUGAGGUCACAGCAUCUGGGUGUGAUCUCCACAGAUGCUGCUGAGUUCCUCCAUCAGUUUUUUUGUUGCUUCAUAUUUCAGCAUCUGCAGUCUCAUCAAUAUUUAUCAUUUCAGGAUGGAUUUGUAAAGGGAGAGACAUUGUUUUUAAACAGUCUGCUGAGCUGACUCAAGCCUGCAGAGUAAGAACUUAGUAGGAGCUGUGGCCACAAUUGUUUGCAAAAGAUUACGGAGAGAUUUUUGCACCAAAUACUUGUGGACAUGGUUAUCUUAGUACUGGUGAUGUAGUCACUAGUUCCCAGGAAGGGAUUCUCAACCGUACUGCAACAAACCCAGAAGUAAAAGAUGAAAGGAAAGGAAGUACAUGAGGUGCAAAGGUUUGUAUGGGUCUGUCAGCAUCCGGUGAAGAGGAUAGUCCAGUCAUUACUAAAUUAUGUCAUCACUCUGUGGACUGAAGUGAAGCCAGCAGUAUAACUCGGUUCUGUCAGCUCUCGAGACUCUCAGUUGGUUAGCAGAGUUAAUUUAGCAUUUGUGCUUUAAAGAGCUACAAGGGUCCGUGGCUAUUGCUGGGAUCAGUGAUGAACUGUGCCUGUGCCAAAGCAGGUGCCAAAUCUGAAUACCUUAAUAUUCCAAUAUCAUUAAUUAUAUUUCAGGGAGAUUUGCGUAGGGGAAACAUUUGACUUGAAUGUUGAUCUUGUGGGAAUGUCCUUUUCCUUAUUCCUUGUACUCUUCACAUCAGUCAGUCUACAGUGCAGGGCACCAAGCCCAGAUGGAGGACAAAUCUGACGGUAGUUUGCGCUGGUGAAAGUUCAUGGGUGAGUGUGAGGAGAGAGUCAGGGCUUCCACAAAUUUAAUGUCUUGAGAUGGCAGGGGAAGUUUUAAUCUCUACAUUAGUUAUUUCAGCAGGACUCAAUCUCAUUAUAGUAAUUUUUGUGUUUAUGCGUGCAUCAUGGUGGGGGGUGGCAGGGGUGAGUAAAAAGAAGGUGGGCCACAAAUGCAGAAAAAUACGAAAAGGAUCAUAAUUAAAUCUCAAGCCUGUAAUGAAUGACUUUCUCAUUGUUCUGUUAGAAGGACGCUAUAUUAAGAAGCACUGCAAAUCAACGGACGAAUGGAUCAAAAGCAUUAUGAGAUGUACAACAUGUCUCACAGGGACCUUGAUAAGGCGUUGUAAAUCUGUAAAAUUAACUAUUCUGUGUUUUUUUUAAAAGAACAGUCAGAUCUUUUCCUAUUCAAAAUUGUAUGUGUUAGUAUUUAUUAAAUAAAUUGAUAUUUUAGAAGA